GAUGGACGGAGUGGAUUUUACACGGACAUCUAUGUGGGCCCCACACAACCCUGGGCACAGGUAUUUCCCUGUCCCUGGGGUCACAGUCAAUCCGCUCCCUUCCUAUUUUGCUGCCAGUGAUAAAAACAGAGCGUAUAAAGUCCUGUCUCGCCUUCGACCUCUUCGACCUCUCUCUCUCAUGGCUCUGAGAUUCUCAUUUCCGGCAGAUAUCUCUGCCAUUUCCUUCAUGGAUUCCGGCAAAGGAACUCUCCACAAGCUCGAAGGCGGGUUUGGUUUGAAGAGGAAGGAGAAUAGAGUGGCCUUUGGAAGGAGAGCUUGUUGUUCUGCACAGGCUCCUCCACCUGCUUGGCCAGGACGAGCUGUUGCAGAGCCUGGACGGAAGGUGUGGGAUGGUCCCAAGCCCAUCUCAAUUGUUGGAUCAACUGGUUCCAUUGGAACUCAGACGUUGGACAUAGUGGCUGAGAACCCAGAUAAGUUCAGCAUUGUUGCACUGGCAGCCGGUUCAAAUGUGACGCUUCUCGCCGAACAGGUGAAAACAUUCAAGCCUCAAUUGGUUGCUGUUAGAAAUGAGUCAUUAGUUGGUGAACUCAAAGAGGCUUUGGCUGAUUCUGAGCACAGGCCUGAGAUCAUUCCUGGAGAGGAAGGUGUCAUAGAGGUUGCUCGCCACCCAGAUGCUGUCACAGUAGUCACAGGAAUAGUAGGCUGUGCAGGUUUGAAGCCUACCGUGGCUGCGAUAGAGGCAGGAAAAGACAUAGCAUUGGCAAAUAAAGAGACUCUGAUUGCUGGAGGUCCUUUUGUACUUCCACUGGCGCACAAGUAUAAAGUAAAAAUACUUCCUGCAGAUUCAGAACAUUCUGCUAUAUUUCAGUGUAUCCAGGGCUUGCCAGAGGGUGCACUUCGACGCAUCAUUUUAACAGCAUCAGGAGGGGCGUUCAGGGAUUUGCCUGUUGAGAAGUUGAAGGAGGUGAAAGUUGCUGACGCCUUGAAGCAUCCAAACUGGAAUAUGGGGAAGAAGAUCACUGUCGACUCCGCUACCCUUUUCAAUAAGGGUCUAGAAGUUAUUGAAGCCCACUAUCUUUUUGGGGCUGAAUAUGAUAAUAUUGAUAUUGUGAUUCAUCCACAGUCAAUCAUACACUCAAUGGUUGAGACACAGGAUUCCUCUGUGUUGGCUCAGUUGGGAUGGCCUGAUAUGCGGCUGCCAAUUCUUUACACUUUAUCUUGGCCUGACAGAAUUUACUGCUCCGAAGUUACUUGGCCUCGGCUUGAUCUUUGCAAGCAGGGUUCAUUAACAUUUAAAGCCCCUGAUAAUGUGAAAUACCCAUCUAUGGAUCUGGCCUAUGCUGCUGGGCGGGCAGGAGGUACCAUGACUGGAGUUCUUAGUGCAGCCAAUGAGAAGGCCGUGGAGAUGUUCAUUGAUGAAAAAAUCAGCUACCUCGAUAUUUUUAAGGUCGUGGAGGUCACAUGUGAUGAACACCAGAAGGAAUUAGUGACCAACCCUUCACUCGAGGAGAUCAUACAUUACGACUUGUGGGCCCGGAAGUUUGCGGCCAGUUUACAGCAAUCGUCUGGUCUGCAGCAUCCUGUACCUGCAUGAUCUGUAUCUUUGUACUGCCAGCAGUGAUGAUGCCUUCAUCUUGGGAGGAGGUGCUCAAUCCAGCAGGCCUGCAGGACUCCUGCUGAUGGUUUUAAUAAUCCAGGUAUGUUGAGCUCUAUGCAAUUGUACUGUAAAUAUAAAGAAAGAAGAAGGCAUCCUUCUUGUGUUUUCCUAGCUAUAUAAGAAAUGAUUUUACGUAUUCAA